UAUAUAUAUAUAUAUAUUAUAUAUGUAAGUUAAAUCUCCUCUACAUCAGGUCCCCUUGACUGUCUCCUUCACUGUGAGCUCGCAGGCAGACACAGCUGACUCCACCCGAGCUGGCCGCUGUCCUUGCAGUACGGGGGAAAACAGGGACCUUGCAAUGAUCUCGCUGGACUUCAAUUUCAACAUUUUGACAAGGGACCUGUGCGACCUGUCACAUUAUCUGGAAAAUCAAGUCAAAGUCGGGCUGUUCGGGUCAGGAGUAGGACUGUCUCUGGUACUGGGCUUUAGCGCAGCGUACACUUGCUACUAUUUGCUCUCAGUAGCGAAGAAGCCCCAGCUCAUCUCAGGGGGUAAGAAGUUCUACCACUUUCUGAGGGAGCAAUGUCCGGUAGUGUCAGAGACCUACUACCCCACCUUUUGGUGCUGGGAGAGUCGCAUCCAGACUCUACUAAGACCCUUUGUCACAGCAAAACCUGGGGUCGUCUACAAAAAUGAGCUUAUUAAGGCAGCAGAUGGAGGACAGAUCUCUUUGGAUUGGUUUGACAACGAUGACAGCCUCUCUCAUCCUGACCCUGCCACCAGGCCCACAGUCCUCCUUCUCCCUGGUCUGACCGGCACCAGCCGAGAGUCCUACAUCCUGCACAUGGUCCAACAGAGCAGGGAUCUGGGCUAUAGAUGUGUGGUAUUCAACAACAGAGGGGUUUCAGGUGAAACGCUGCUGACCCCCAGGACCUACUGUGCAGCCAACACAGAGGAUCUGGAGACUGUUAUUGAACACAUCCAGAAGACUAAUGAAGCUGCUCCAAUCAUGGCUGCUGGAGUAUCAAUGGGCGGAAUGAUGCUGGCCAACUACUUAGGGCGCAAGGGGCGGGAAACCUGUCUGAAAGGGGUUGUCGUCUUCUCAGCAGGCUGGGAUGUAUUUAAGUGCACCGCUUCCCUGGAAAAACCACUGGACCGCUUCCUCUUCAACUCUUACCUCACCAGCUGCCUACAAGCCUCUGUCCACAGACACAGACCAGUGCUCGAAAAGUGUUACGACAUCGAUCAUAUCAUGAAGGCAAAGACCCUUCGAGAGUUUGAUGAGCGGUUCACCUCCAUAAUGUUUGGUUAUCCUACGAAUGAUGACUACUACCAUGAUGCCAGUCCUGUCCACAAGCUGAAAUCUGUGCAGGUGCCAAUGCUGUGCCUCAAUGCUGCUGAUGAUGUCUUUUCCCCGUCUCAUGCCAUUCCAGUGGAGGCAGUGAAGCAGAAUCCCAACCUGGCGCUUCUCAUAACCUGUCACGGCGGCCAUAUUGGUUUCCUUGAAGGCCUGUGGCCUCGAAGGAGCACUUACAUGGACCGAGUCUUCAAGCAGUUUGCUAAGGCGGUCAUCGAACAAGGCAGCGUACUCCAAGACCUCUCCCAAUAAGAGAACUUAACAAAAUGUUCUUCUAGAAUCCCUUUCUUCUUCUUUAGUUCCUUCCUUUAAUCUUUUCGUUCAUCUUUGCCAUCCUUCUUUCAUUGCUGUAUUCCAUCCACGUUAUUUUUUAGUUUUCAGUCCAUUUUUAUUCUAUUCUUUCUUUCUUUCUUUCUUUCUUUGUUCUUUCCUUUGACCCUUUUCCCUCUUUCACCCUUGAUGUUCAUCCCUAUUUUCUGCUUUCUAUUCAUUCUUUAUACCUUUGCUCUCUACCUAAACCUAUUCUACCUAUUUCCUUUUUUUCAUUGGCUUACCUUUGUCCUUGGCCUCUAUCCUUUUUUCCCAUUCUUCCUCCUGCCGCAAGCAAAACAAAAAAUUUCUCAUUUGAAGGGCACAUCUUAUUGAAUGUCGCCAUUGUGUUGCAUUCAACAUUCAUUUAUUUAUUCCAUACAGUUAACAAUGCAUUGUGUGUAAUCACACUCUUAGUGGUAUGGUCCUUUAAAAAAACAACAAUAGCUGUUCAUGUCCCUGUUGUCGUUCUUUUGCAAUAGCUAGCUAACAAAUUCUGAGAUUACAUUGUGUAAUCAUUUGCUCUUGAAAGUAACACAAGUACUGUACAUGGAAAUCCAAUCAUCGUGGUUCAUGAACCUUUAAUACUUACAUCAGUAGGAUUUUAGCCCUCAGGGAUUUUAUUUAUUUAUUCAUACUUCCUGUGUAAAUUUGUUUUGUUAAUCAUUAUCAUUGAAUCUGUAUUUUCCUUGUUUAAAGGUAGAUGUAAUUUACCAGUUGACAUACUUCUUUUGGUUAAAGUAAUAGUUCUAUAUUUUGCAAAAUAAUAUUACUUGCUUUCUUGCAAAGUUAAAUGAGAAGACUGACACCACCUUCAUGCCAGUUCCUUAAAUACAAAGCUAAAGCUAACAGCUAAUUAGCUUAGCUUAGCAUAAAGACUGUAAGCAAGGAGCAAGAUUCAGGAUUCAAGAUUCCUUUUAUUGUCAUUUAGGAAAAUACAGAAAUGUAAAGCAUGAACAAAAUAAAGAGCAUGUCUCCUUUUUUAAAACAUAG